AUGUUCCGGUGCCUCGUCACUAUCUUCGCGCCCAAGGGCCAUUUGGCUCGUCUCUCUGGGCACAUUGGUGGCAGCGAACAUUGCCGGAUGACUAUGUCGGAAGCCUUGGCUCAGGAGGUGAAUCUGACUUCGCAGCAGGUCUCCGUCCAAGUGGCAGCCCUGCCGAAGAAGUUCACACUGUCCAGUACGCACGGCAUGGUGGCCUUUCAUCCCAGUGAGGUCAAGGAGGAUUGGGAGGUCGACCUGCAGGCCACCAGCGUGAACGUCUUCGCCCAGAUCCCCUCGGACAUGUCGGUGAAGUUGGCCGGUCAUGCCAAGGAGAAUUCGGUGCUCUGCGGUGAUGCUGUCUCGGAGACCGGUGCUGGGUACGAGCUGACGUACAAAGGCGCCUCUGCAGGAGUGAAGGGCAAGUUCUCUCUUGACGUUUUGAAGGAGGCGGCUGGAUAUGUGCAGGCCGGGGUGGACUCAUCAGCCUCGGGCCUCGAUGUGGUCCGUGGGAGCUCCCAAGAGAAGCCGGAGCUCUUCAACCACUCCGCCGUGCAGUUGGAGGAGCUUUCGGAUUGGAUGAAGCUCCGGGCAGAAGGUGCCGCGCCAUGGGUCGCUCGCGUGCACGUGAACGGCCCGCAGCUUCCCCGCGGGAGCUGGGAAGUCCUUUCCUCGGAAGCUUUCCUCACGGUGCCGCUGCAGUGGUACGUGCUGCUCUCUGCCGGCACGCUGCGGCCAAUUGUAAAAGAGGUUCAUGUUCACCCAAUGGGCUUGGGAGCUUCGGCGCAAGAGAGGAUUCGGAUCAUGACACCUAGCCGGCCGUGUAGAUGGGGCUCGUGCGGAUGGAAGGGCUUGGGCUUGGGAAGUGCAGUCAUCCAAGGAGCAUGGCCACAGCAGGAGCUCGAAGAAACCAACAACAAAACCAAGCGGCGCUUGGCACCAGUCCUGGACAAAGAGUUCCAGCUCCUCCUGCCCUACUUUCAAAAGGCCGACAUCCAUGGACCCUGA